UUACAUGUUCAGAAUUACCAACUUUAAAAUUUGUAAAUAAACGAAACCACCCCUCUUCUAGAAAUCAAACGAAAUGAGAUAAUUCGCCCCACAAAAACGCCGGAAAGUGACCGUUUAACGAAUUUUUCGUAUAAAAUGGGUUCCGAAACCGACGAAGUUCUAAUAGAGGAUUCCGACGAGUCUCUGCUCGACAUAAAAGAGCUGAAUGAUGUCGAAUACGACAUUCCGCCGGUUGCCGCACCAUCCCUUGAGACGAUUUUAUGGGAUAUGGAAUCAGAAGAGGGCAGUGACAACACAUCUUUACAUUCCUUGCAAAGUUUAAUGGUAAAGUUACGUUCAAUGCUCUAUCAUUGCGUUUUGCAAGGAAUUUCUACUCAAGUUACUUCAGCAUGCGAACGUGUUGGAGCUGGUUUACCUACAGUUAUAACAAAUAGUCAGAAAUUAGUGGCUAUUGGUACAUCUCAUGGUUAUGUCUUGGCGUUUGAUUCCGAGCAAAAUUUGUGCUGGUGUUGUCAUGAUUUAAGUACUAGUGAUCAAGGUGCCAUAUCUGCCUUAGCUUUUAAUUUAGAUUCUACAAGACUGUUAAUAGGGUAUGAAAGGGGUUAUAUUUCAAUGGUUGAUGCAUUAUCUGGGGAUAUAGUAAGAAGAAUGCCGGAUGCCCAUGCGCCUCAUUCUGCAGUUUUACAAUUACGAUUUACUACAUUAAACAGUUUGGCUUUAUGUGGGGAUUCGUCUGGUUGUGUUUUUUCAUUAUCAUUUGGUCGAAGAAUUGGAGUACGAGUUUCUGAUAGUAAAUGUUUAUUUUCUGGAGCUCGAGGUGAAGUUUGUUGUUUUGAACCUUUGGUGCAAGGACAAGAAAUGUUGGGAAAUCACGUCGUCGUUGCAAUGGCUACUUUAUCAAAAGUGAUUGUUAUAACAAUAAAACCUCGUUUAAAAGUACUUUACACACAACAACUUCAAAGAGCCCCAACGUCACUUCCACUUUUAUCAUGGCAAUUAGUUCCGGUUGGAAAAUCGAUCCAACCUGUGUUAGCUUGGGGUAGAGGAACAGAUUUGAAUUAUACUCGAGUUGUUUUUGGUGGGAUGAACAGUAAUCGAAUUCGAUUAUCUCCACUGAGACAAGUUCAAUUACCUUAUAAUUUAUCUGCAAUGCAUUGGUUAGGACCUAGGCAUUUAGCUUUAUUAGAUACGAGUGAAAAUCUUCGCUUAGUCGAAGUAAGAACACAAAAAGAAUUGGAAGUUCUUGAUUUAACAAAUGCGGGGCUCGUUUAUAGCUCCGCUCAUUUUAAAGCGUUAGCAAUUGGGGGUGGGGUAAGCGAAGCAUUCGCUUUGGCCGGAGAAAGAGCCUGUUAUAAUAGUUUAUCAAGUCGCGGGGAUCAACUGUUAGUUUUAGGGACAAGAAAUGUACAUUUAGUAAAGUUGAGAACGUGGCACGAACGCCUGGUUUAUUUAAGUGAUCAAGGAAGGUGGGCUGAAGCUUUGAACUUGGCUGCUGAGGAGGGAUUACACCGAGAAAAAAGUACAACAACUUUAUUGGAAAGUUAUUUAAUGAAUUUAAAUGAUCACCACGUCGAUAGGGAAAGCUUAACAGCUGCUGUAAAUUGUUGUGUGAAAUUAAAGAAAAUAAAUUUAUUAUGCAAUGAAUUAUGGGAUUCAAUAUCAUUAGACCAUAACAAUCAAGACUGGUUCUUCUCCCUCCUCGCAGAUCACAUCCAAAACAACAACAUCGCCUUCCUCUCACCAGCGGUAACCCAAGCCCUCAUAAAUCAUUUUGAAUCAAAAGAUAUACACCUCCUAGAAACCAUAGUCCUCACCUUAGACCUAAGUUGUCUCGAUCUCCAUCAAGUCCUAAGAAUAUGCAAAGAAAAACGUCUCUACAACGCGUGGAUUCAUGUAACAACCCGAACAAUAGGCGAUUACACAAAUGCUUUAACCGAGUUCUUGUUGGAUUUAACUCCAGAUAAUCACAAACUCGGAAACGUCAUGUUAGUGUAUGUAUCGUCGUGUUUAACCGGAUUAGGAUACCCAAAAGGAAAAAUACCUGCGGAAGACGUCACAAGAGUCAAAUCGGACGUUUUAAGAUGUUUGGAAGCGGUUCAUUCGGUUAAUGCAACACCGGAAGAAUCUCCAUAUCCAUAUUUGAGGGUUUUAAUGAAAUAUAAUACACGGGAAUGUUUGAAUGUUAUUGAAAUUGCGUUUAAAGAGGUGGAGUUCGCUGGGGAAAUGGGAAUGUUGCAGAGGCAGAGAUUAGUACAAAUUUUAUUGUGGGUUGUUACACCAAGUGAUUUUGAGAUUGUUCAAAUAGUGAAUUUAUCGUGUUUUAUCGUCCGCUUAGUAACAUCAAAUAAUCUUCGUUUAGAUGAAGCAAUUUUAGAAUCGGUAGUGAAAUCAUUAACUGACGCCAAAGCAAAAGAUUUAACAUUAAGGGAUCACGCCGAACGAGAACAAGCUUGGCUUGAUUUGCUCGAUUCGAAUAAAUUACCAUCGGAUAAUGCGAAGGAAUUGUUGGAACGCGCCUUAAAUUCCCAAUGCUAUCGCGUAGCUGAGCGAAUUUACGAGCAAGAAAAAAAUUAUUCUAAUAUUUUAGAGUGUUAUUUAAAAGAUGAUGUGCGUAAAAACGAAGCGUUUAAUUAUGUCGUUUUGUUUAUUGAUGAUGAAAAACGUGGUGUUGAUAAACAAUUUGUGAAAAAUUUCCGGGAUUUAGUGAAUGUUGAUUGUAAACGGACAGCUGAAAUGGUUAUUGAAUAUUUUUCUGAUUCGAUACAAACGUUUUAUGAAAUGUUAGAGGAUGAUGAAGAUGAUUUGUUUAAGUUUCUUGGUGAAAUUGUUUAUAGCGACGUUAAACUCUCACCGAUUAUAGCUGAAAAGUAUUUAGAAUUAUUGUGUAUCAAAAAACCUAAUCAUGCAAUAAAUUACGUUCGAUUGGGAUUAUGUAGGGUUGAGGAAGCUCUUGAAAUAUGUGAAAAAUAUAAUAUUUACGGAGCCGUUGCGAUUCUUUUAGAACAAAUGGGAGAGUGGUCAAAAUCUUUAAGUUUAUUAUUAGAUAAUAAUAUGGGUAAUGAAGCGAUUGAACUUUGUAUAAGAGGAGCCGAACAUUUAGAUUCUCAAAAUGCGCAAAGUUUAUGGUUAGAAAUUUUAAAAAAUUCCAACGGAGAUGGUUUAAUGUCACCUCGACAAUUAUUACAUGCGGCGGCACCUCAUGUACCACCAGCCCAACUUUUAGAAAUGGUUUCAGACGCUAGCUUUGGAGAUAUUAAAAAAUUAAUUGAAGGAAUACUUUGUGAUUAUACCCAUGAUAUUACCAUGUUAAGUACAACUUUAAAUUUAUUAGGAAAAGAUUUGCAUCAUGGUUUAGCUAAAUUAUUAUUUACAAGUGGAAAAGCCUUAACAGUUUCAUCACCAAAUUGUAAUAUUUGUCAAAAACCUCUUUUAAACGAAGACGAAAAUGUUAUUUUAUACGGAUGCGUACAUGUUUUUCAUAUAAAAUGUGUAAACACGGAAUCGAUGUGUCCAUUUUGUAGAGUACCAGUUAGAGAGUUAACUACAAAGAAAAGAAAACCAUAUAGCGAAGUGUACAACCCUGAAAGAUCGAAUGUUAGACCUGAUUUAGAAGGUCACUUCUAAUAAUUCCUUUCUAGUCCGUCUAUUAAUUUAUUUUCCCAAAUUGAAAAUUUCCUGCUAUUUCGUGCUAGUAAAUAUAUAAUUUAUUAAUUAAUUGUAUAGAUAAAGUUGAGAAAAAAACAGAAGAAAAAAGCUAGCACUUAUGUGAUAUAUUUAUUUAUAAAUAUUUUAAGGAAGUGUUUAUA